AUGAUUCCGCGAUUCCCACCUGAAUGGGCGAACUCUAGAGAAGCUUUUCGAAAAGCAGUCAGACAAUCUGAGUAUCACAAAUAUUCAGCAAGUCCUCAAAGAAACGUGACAGGAUCAAACUUGAACAUUGAUCACUUACCCACACAGUCGAAGCAGGAUACUGAGCCGACUCGAUCACCUCGGGGAAGUAUAUCACUCACGAAUAAGCUUGGAUACAACUUGCCUUCAAGAGAUACCAUGUUUUUGAUAGUCCCACGUGAAGUGAUGUCUAUUUUUGUUGGUCUCGAAAAGUUGGACAACAACAAUAUGAAAACGUGGGAGGGGCAUAUGAGAGAUAGCCUGGAAAUCUGUGAUCUCUGGGACAUUGUCAUCGGAAAUGAAAGAAAGCCAUCAGAUAAAUUCAUAGAUAAGGCUGAAGCAUGGAUUUACCGAGAUAAGAUUGCGAGAGUAAUUAUUAAAGUUCCCUAG